AUGACGAAGGGUACCUCCAGCUUUGGCAAGCGCCACAAUAAAUCCCACACUCUCUGCAGGCGUUGUGGCCGCCGCUCCUUCCACAUCCAGAAAUCAACUUGUUCCAGCUGCGGUUAUCCCGCCGCUAAGACUCGCAAGUUUAACUGGAGCGAGAAGGCCAAGCGACGCAAGACCACCGGCACCGGUAGAAUGGCCCACCUCAAGGAUGUCCACCGCCGCUUCAAGAACGGAUUCCAGAUCGGCACCCCCAAGGGCGCUCGUGGUCCCGAGAGCCACUAG